UGAGUAUCGUUGGCGUUGCGAGUCCCAAGCUGGCGUUUUUUUUUGCUUUUCGUAUCAUCACCGUUCAUGUACACCAUGCAGCCCGGGGCCAAACAAAACGCCGUGAGAUAUUCGGCGAGUCGCAUGAAGGGUGCGCUGCAUCCUGCUUAGGGUGUUCGACACCUUGUGCUUACUUCCUUGCGUACAGGACGGGACGGAGGGGAGAAAACAAAUCAAGCUGAAGGCGGGAGCUGUCGCAAACACACCACCAGCCAGACCUAGCCACACUGCGUGCAAUUUAUCCGUUAUUUCGCGGCUUGCCCGAAAAAAAACGGGUCUUACGUUAACAGCCCGCCCCAUCCAUUCAAGACCCC